AUGGCUGGACGAAAUUCAACUGGAGACCAGGCCGUGUUCUUGUUGGACAAGAGCAUGAGAGACAGGUUGUGGCUUGUGGAUGCUCUGUUGCUCGCCGGCGCCAUCCUUGCCGGAGUCAUAGUCGGGAUUGGCGUCUUUGGCCAGCGUUACCUCUACCGCCGCCUCACCAGGUUCAUCUUUCUUGGAGCCACCACCUUGUACUUGCCUGUCAUGUCCACCGUUGUCCCCUUGGUCGCUGGGUCAAACGACUAUGUCAGCCUCAGCCUGGGUUGGCUGCAAAGUGCGAUCCAGGAAUACAAUCUAUCAUGGUGUGCAAUAGUCGCUGUUGAUGACAGAGAAGGUAGAAACAUAGGUCCUCCUUUUGAGCUGCUUGUUCAGGGGUCCUGGACCUUUUACCUUGGUAUCACCUACCUGACCAAUCUCUUUAGUGACAGAGAAGAUCUCGAAAUUGCUCUGAUUGUAAUUGGAUGUGAGGUGAUACCUUUUGCUCUCACAUGUGCCAAAAUGGUCUUCAGAUAUUAUGCAUUUGAAAAGGCACGGCGAUCCUUUGCUCUCGGAAAAAAUCCUCAUCUUAUUUUUGCCUACAUGCAGCAACCACCACCGGUACAAGCAGGGACAAGUCACCGUAGAGAAGCAGCAGUAGUAACUGAUGAGGAUGCUCCUCCUCCACCUCCACUACUGGUUAUGGGAGAGCGGAAAAGACACAUGGAGAAGCAGUCUCAUGGGUAUGUAUGGAAGGGUGACUCAGGCAUGGCUGUGCACGGAAAAGAUGGCCUGCUUGCUGCUCAAGGAGGGAGACCACAACAGGGUGUUUCAGAUCAGAAGAGUAAGGUCAGGGUGCCAGCAGCGGUGAAGCUUUGCAUCAUCCAAGUGCUAAGAAGAACUGGAAAUGGAGUGCAGCUGAGCAAUGGUGCGGCAUGUCUCCGCGGCCGAGGCCUGGUCGGUGAAAGUUUCCUCUGGGCUUGCAGCAACAAGAGUACAUCUCAUACCAUACUUACAUGGCACAUAGCCACAAGCAUCCUCGAGGUCAGGUACCCACACCUGCAUGAUGAAGAACAAGGUUUUCCGCCACUUUCCAACACUGACUAUAAGAUGGUUGCCACCUACCUAUCACGGUACUGUGCGUACCUCGUGACAUGGUGCCCUGAGCUGCUUCCUGACGACCAUGAAUGGAGCAGGAGCCUGUAUGAGGAUGUCAAGAAGGAUGCUCGGCGUGUCCUUGCCGGCUGCACAGCAGGAGACUCAUUGACGCCGGAAGCCAAAUGCCAACAGCUGGUCGAAUCGCUGAGUGCAAAAGCGAAGCAUCAAGUAGUCAAGGAUGGCGCGAAGCUGGGAGAGCAAUUGGUGAAGCUGGUGCUAGAAGGUGGUGAUGACACGGUGUGGAAGUUGUUGGCUGAAUUCUGGUCGGAGAUGAUCCUGUUUGUCGCGCCGUCCGACAACCUCAAAGGGCACAAGGCGGUCAUCGCCAGGGGCGGCGAGCUGAUCACGCUGCUCGGGGUGCUGCUCUUCCAUGCCGGGAUCAUCAGCCGGCCAGGCGAGGACGACGGUGCUGCUUCUGCUACUUCUGGUGCUGGUGUGGUUUAA